GAAAUUUUCAAUAUAACGCCGUUUACAGUUGUGAUUAUUUUCGAUUAUUUCGCUUUAAUUUCACACUAUAACUAAUUUAAACUAUAUGAAAAGUGAUUAUUGAGUGUUCUUGACAUCUAAGAUAGGUGAAUUAAAAUAGGACGUUAAUUUAAGAUAUAAAGUAUGGCAUCAACACAGAAAAUUGUAACAAAGGAGGAUGGACGAUAUGUUGUUAUUAGUCAGGAUGGUAGAUCAAUUCCAUUGAAAGUAAUGAAUGUACAGAAGGAAAAUCCUGAGCCUAAAAAGUAUAUAGUUAAAACAAGUUCAGGUCAAGUUGUUUCAGUCACAUCACCUAGCUCAGGUGUUAAAAUGGAAAAGCAACAAGGAGCGAUGACUGUAAAAACAAUUGGUCCAGCAUCAAGCAUAACAAUAGGCAGAAAGUCUAUUGAACCUUCAACAAGUGGGAAUGUCAUUAAAAUCGUUUCACCAACAGCAUCAACAUCAUCUGGAAAUGUUAAAGUUGUUCGUGUAGUCAGUUCGAGUGGUGGUACACAGAAAAUUAUUCAAGUUCAAAAUAAUAAGCCACAGCAACAACAACAAGCACCUCGCAUAUUAAAUCAAUCAUGGAAUCCAGAGAUUAAGGCAGAACCUUCGCAAUCUCGUGCAAUAACUGUUGUACGUAAAUCAGAAGUAAAUGCUGAGCCUCCUGCAAAGAAAACAAAAUAUAUUACAUUGACCUCAUCACAAAUAAGCCAAAUUGAAGGAGCUACCAUAAUUAAUGAUGGAGAAAAGAAACGAGUCGUGCUGCCAACAAAUUAUAAGGAACAGCUCGAAAAACUUUCAAUUCAAUCAUCACCCGUUAAGAAUAGUUCUGGUCAAGUCUUUAAAAUUGUACAAGAAGUGAAAAAGUCUGAAAUCGAUAUAGAUCCACUUGACUUCAAUAAGAGCUAUCCAGGAAUGAAAAAGCCUAAAAGACCAUGCAACUGUACAAAAUCGCAAUGUUUAAAAUUCUAUUGUGACUGCUUUGCUGCUGGUGAAUUUUGUGUAGGAUGUAACUGUAAAGAUUGUUUGAAUGAACACGACAGUGAAGAACGUGAAAAAGCAGUAAAGCUGUGCAUGGAAAGGAAUCCAUUUGCAUUUAAAUCAAAAGAAGCUACCGAGGAACAGCAACGUCUUCAUCAACGUGGUUGCAAUUGUAAGCGUUCAGGCUGCUUAAAAAAUUAUUGCGAGUGCUACGAGGCAAAAAUUUCGUGUUCUGCAAAUUGUCGUUGUUUAGGCUGCAAGAACGUUGACGACAUAGACGAGAAAAUGGAAAUGGAACUGCAAUACUUGAAACAAUGCGGGAAGCGAGGUCAAUUUAGCGAGGAAAUUUAUGAGAAGAACUUGGCAGCACUUAAGAAAGUAACAGACUUGAAUGAGCUAGUAAAGAAACCGUACAAUUUCAUGACUCAGGAUGUUAUAGAGGCGACUGUUCAAUGUAUGAUUGCACAAGCUGAAGAAUGUGAGAAAAUGAGUGCGCCCAAAAAAGAAGCUGAAAAAAUGAUUCUCGAAGAAUUUAGUCGAUGUCUUCAAGAAAUUAUCGAGUUUUCAGCUAAGAAUGUUGACUAAAACAUGUAGCAUUAAGUAUAAAACAUAGUUCAUUAUAAAUUCU